CGCCUCCUCCCACUUUUUGUGCUAGCAAAGAUCACAAUCACAAGUCGAUCGCCUGCUGCAAAUUUGAGAAGGGGGCCAAUCCACUCUGCUUGUCACAGCCACCUACCCCGACCACCACCCACACGCGGACGCCUUCCGGGAUGCAGUGGGCCGUGGGCCGGCGGUGGGUGUGGGCCGCGCUGCUCCUGGCUGCCGCUGCUGUGCUGGCCCAGGUGGUCUGGCUCUGGCUGGGCACGCAAAGCUUCGUCUUCCAGCACGAAGAGAUCGCGCAGCUGGCCCGGCAGUAUGCGGGGUUGGACCACGAGCUGGCGUUCUCUCGGCUGAUCGUGGAAUUACGGCGGCUGCACCCAGGCCACGUGCUGCCCGACGAGGAGCUGCAGUGGGUGUUUGUGAACGCGGGCGGCUGGAUGGGCGCCAUGUGCCUUCUGCACGCCUCGCUGUCCGAGUACGUGCUGCUCUUCGGCACCGCCCUGGGCUCUGGCGGCCACUCGGGGCGCUACUGGGCUGAGAUUUCCGACACCAUCAUCUCUGGCACCUUCCACCAGUGGAGAGAGGGCACUACCAAAAGUGAGGUCUUCUACCCAGGGGAGACCGUGGUCCACGGGCCUGGUGAGGCAACAGCUGUGGAAUGGGGGCCAAAUACAUGGAUGGUGGAGUAUGGUCGGGGUGUCAUCCCAUCUACCUUGGCCUUCGCACUGGCUGACACAAUCUUCAGCACCCAGGACUUCCUCACGCUCUUCUAUACUCUUCGCGCCUAUGCCCGGGGCCUCCGGCUUGAGCUCACCACCUACCUCUUUGGCCAGGACCCCUGACCAGCCAGGCCUGAACGAGGACCUGUGGAUGGACAGGAGCAGGCAGGCCUGCAUACAUCCACUUUCUGGAGCCCAUGUGAAAAGACAGGGACACAACAUGCAACUACUAAGUUCCUGAUGUACGAGCAGGGACACACAUGCUUAUGUAACCAAAUACAGAGACUCGUGGGAACAUAUGGGACAUACAUGCAGAUACAAUCCCAUGUGUACGGCAGCAUCAUACGUUCACAACCAUCCAGAGAGGGAACCCCACAUGUACCAAGGGGCCAGUCAUAUUCGGACAUACCACAAGCUUGAAUCACUAACUCAAGCCUUUUCCAGAGCUUUCCUGCCACCAGUCAAGGCUCUGGAGUUGGUGAUGGGUGUAGGUAUUAUACUCUGUCUGGGCCUGACCCUUCAACCCAACAGCAGCUGAGGUGGGAGGGAGAUGAAGGGUUGCCUGUGGAGGCCCCCCUCAUCUCCCCAUCCUCACCAUAUGCCUUACCUCAUUCUGUUCCCCUUACUAUGCAAGUGCUCUCAUGGCCUGUCCCCACUCUUAGCAACUAAGUCAGCUGGGAGAACUGUAAGAAUGGAGAAUGCUGAGGUCAGGGUCCUUCUAUCCUGAAAGACCCCAUGCCUUUCCCCAUUCGUCCCUUAGGAGUGUGACUGGGGGAGGCUGGCCUCAGCUCAGGGCCCACUGCUGGGCAGAGGACCUAGAGAAGUUAGCCUAGGUCCAGGGGGCCAUCCCUGGCCUACAAAGGCCUUUUCUGCACACGUACACCCUCAUCACAGCUUCCACAUACUGCCCUUGAUGUCUGUCCACCUGUCUCUGUUAAUAAAGACUUGUUGAACAGUCA